AAAAUGGGAAAUGCAGCUGCAAUGGGAAGUUUUGUACAGGAGGAUAACUUACCGGGCUCGCCUUUAAUCAAACGCGAACAAUCCAACUUGGAUACAGGUGAGUGGAGUGGGGGAAGUGUACGCUAUAAACCUAGACUCAUCAAUGCUAAUGAACUACAAUUUUACUUGUAGGUGCCGGAAUGAUGACCCCGCAGCAAACUCCAAAAAAUACAUCACCAUCACAACAAAGCCCUAGUAUAGGAAAGCGUAAAGGUUCUCCCAGCGAACAUGAAAUUAAUGGAUUCCCUGCAAACGAUAUAAAUACCGCCAUGAAAGGCUCAAUGGGAUCUGCUAUGAUGACUUCGCCAAUUUCUGUUACUAGCCCGGUAGCCAAAAAGUCACGAGCAUCCAAUGCAUCCCCUCGAGUUCGAAAGAGGAACACCAAGGCGGCACGAACUGGUGUAGACACUGUGCCAUAGUUUGUAAUUCAAAAUAGCAGAAAACUCACAAAAAAUAACAAAGUUCAUUGUGCCAUAGUCUCUCAUUUUUAUCACCA